CUUUGCAUGUCUGAAGAAUAACCACUAACAAUAGAACUAGUAAUGGCUAAAUUGGAAGAUGGAGGGAAAACUCUAAGAUUAAACAUAUUAGGUAAAUAAUUACAAUCUAAUUUAGGUAUUACGGAAAUUAAUCAGUGCAUAAAAGAUCACAUGAAAUUGCUCUAGACUUUGGAUUUGCAUCAUAAUCAAUUAAAAAGAGUAUUUUUAUUCUAAUUUUUUGAUUGAUAAUAUAGAUUCUGCCAUUCUUGAGAAUUUGGGAGUUUCUAACAAUGAAUUAGAAGGAGUGCAUAAAAUUCAAUUACAAAAAUUAAUAAAAUUAGAUUUAUCAUUCAACCGAAUAACAGGUUUGAUAUUGGGAAGCAGAUAAAUAUAGCAUUUGAAUUUAGAAAACAAUAAAUUGAAUAAAGUAGCAAACAUUUAAUAUAUUUUAGAUUGAUUUUCUCAAUAAUUUAAAAGACUUAAAAUAUCUCAAUUUAGGUGGAAACUUUAUUGAAAAAAUAGAUUUUUUAGUUUUCAACAUCCAAGUAAGAAGUUGAUUUUUAUGCUAUUAGUUGGAAGAAUUGAACAUUAGAAGAAAUAAAAUAUCAACAUUAAAAGGUUCAUUUAGUAAUACAAAAAAAUUAAAGAUUCUAGAUGCAAGUAAUAAUUAAAUUAGUGAUAUUUCAUUUAUUGAUACUAUAACUGAAUUAGAAGAAUUAAAUAUGUCUAAAAAUUAAAUAAGUAUUCUAAAGAUUGAAAGUUAGAAUGAAAAUCUUAACAUUCUAGAUCUAAGUUAUAAUCAAAUAGAAGAUUUGAGAGUAUUAGAAUUUAAAUUUCCAUAUUUAACAAAUUUAUAUGUAUAAUCAAAUUAGAUUUAUGCAGAAAACUGUUUUGAUUUUUUAAAAUUGAUGUCAAAUUUGAUUGAUAUCUAAUUUCAAGAAAAUCCAUUUUAUAGUAGGGAGUAUGAGGAUAAAUUCAUAGUUGAUUGUCCUUGGUUAGAAUUGAUUAAUGGUAGAGAAGUUGGAAAGCCUGGAUAAUAUUUGAAAUAGGAAGUUUUGGCUUUGAAAGAGAAAUUGCAAGAAUUGGAAAUAGAUGUAAAUAAUUAUCAUAUGUCUGAUUUGGAUAAUGAAGAUGGAAUUGUAACAGAAGAGAGAUUAAAAGCUAUACUUAGAGUAUAAGGAUUUUAGGAUGAUGAGGAUGAAAAUGUGAAUUAAAUAAAUUAAUAAGAAGAGAAGGAUGAAAAUAUUAUGGCUGAAACUGAAUUUAUAAAAUUUAUUACAGAAUAAAACGAAUAGAUGGAUAAUAUAAGAGCUUAAUAUUUAAGAAGAUUAUUGAAAACAUAAUAAUCAGAAUGUUCAACAUAGAGAGGGAAUUUAGAAGAGUAAACUUUAUAGGAUUCUUAAAUUAAGUAAUAAUUAAUUGAAGAUUCAAGUGAGUAAGUUAUUGGAAUGAAUCAGAGUAAUAAAGAUAUAAAUUUGAGAUAGAAAUUAUUGAUUAGAUCAUUACCUAAACCAUAAAAGAAAUAAUCCAUUCUUUCGGAGAUAAGUUAACUUAAAUAAAAUAUGAAAUCAAAAGAAUUUUAUUAAUCAUUAGGAUUUACUUAACCUUAAAAUAGAAAUCGAGGUUCUUAAUAAAGAAUGAAUUUAUCAUCUGAAAAUUUCAAUAAAACAUCAGAUGUAAGAAGCAGUUCUAGUCGUCCUUAAAUUAGCAAUUCAUAAUUGAAGUUACCUAAAAUUUGA